GCUAGUUUCAGUGGUGUAAACAUUUCUCGUUUUCCAGCGUCCAGCUUCUUUAUGUUCGUGUUUAAGCUGUUUGUGUUGUUAGACAGGACGCUUGUCCAGCUGGUGUCCGAGAGACAGAAGUGCCCGAAAGAGCAGGGCUGGUUUGUAUUCUGUGCCUUUCCGAGCUGCAAUGAGUGAUGUUGUUGAGAAGACCCUCAGUGCUCUGCCGAGUCUGCUGUCUCUGGACCCCCAGUCUGGAGCCUCCAAACUUUCAGCCACCUCCAAAUUAGGGCAGUUGGUCAGAAGCAUCACUGAACUGACAUCCAAAAAUGAAGAAGAGAGACUCAUCACUAAAGAGCUGGCUGCUAUUAAAGAGCAGAUCUCAUCACCCAAUACCACAAUGAGACAGAUGAGGGAACUGAUGGUGAGAGCCAUGUAUUGUGAGAUGCUCGGGUAUGAAGCCACUUUUGCUCACAUCCAUGCCAUCAAGCUGGCUCAGCAGGGCACCGUACUAGAGAAGAGAGUUGGUUACCUUGCAGUGUCGUUGUUUCUUAAUGAGAGUCAUGAACUGCUGCUACUCCUGGUCAAUACAGUAUUAAAGGAUCUUCAAAGCACUAACCUCAUUGAGGUCUGCAUGGCUCUGACUGUUGUAAGUCAGAUAUUUCCCAAAGACAUGAUACCGUCCAUUCUGCCGCUCGUAGAAGAGAAGCUGUCUCAUCAAAAGGAAAUCAUUCGACGGAAAGCAGUACUCGCUCUGUACAAGUUCUACCUGAUCGCUCCAAAUCAAGUGCAGCACAUUCACGGCAAGUUUCGCAAAGCCUUGUGCGACAAAGACCCAGGAGUUAUGAUGUGCUCUUUACACAUCUACCUACGCAUGAUCAAGGAGAACCCUGACAAUUACAAGGAGCUGACGAGCAGUUUUGUGACCAUCAUGAGGCAGGUGGUUGGAGGGAAGCUGCCACUGGACUUUAACUACCAUGGUGUCCCUGCUCCAUGGCUGCAGAUUCAACUGCUCCGUAUCCUGUCUCUGCUGGGGAAAGAGGACCAGAGCACGAGUGAGCUGAUGUACGAGGUCUUAGACGAGUCUCUGCGCCGAGCGGAAAUGAAUCACAACAUAACUUAUGCAAUUCUGUACGAGUGUGUAAAGGCAAUCUAUACAGUAUACCCUAAAGCUGAGCUGCUAGAAAAAGCCGCUAGAUGCAUUGGGAACUUUGUGGUGUCUCCUAAGAUCAACCUGAAAUAUCUGGGGGUGAAGGCAUUAACAUACGUGGUUCAGUACGAUGCCAAUCUCGCUCUGCAGCACCAGAUGACUAUUAUAGAGUGUUUGGAUCACUCAGAUCUUCUCAUCAAGAGAGAGACCCUAGAGCUGCUCUUCAGGAUCACGAAUGCUCAGAAUGUCACUGUGAUCGUGGAGAAGAUGCUAGGAUUCCUCCGGCUUUGUGACGAUAACUACACCAUUGUUGAUCUUGUGGGAAAAGUGGCCGAGUUGGCUGAAAAGUAUGCUCCAGACAACGAGUGGUUCAUUCAGACCAUGAACGAGGUGUUGUGUCUUGGAGGUGACCUCAUGCAGCCAGACAUUCCCAACAGCUUCCUGAGGCUGCUUGCAGAGGGGUUAGAUGCAGAGGAGGACGACCGGCAGCUCAGGCUGUACGCAGUGAACUCGUAUAUGGCAGUGUUGAAGGGCGACUGUUCUCACCUGCCGCAGUGUUUCUUACAAGUCAUCAGCUGGGUGCUUGGAGAGUACUCGUGCAUGAGUCAAGGCCUGGACCCACACGAGGUCAUGGUGCUCCUCAGGAAGCUGUUGAAUCAGAGAGGCGUGAGCUCUGAGACCAGGAGCUGGGUGCUGUGUGCCCUCACUAAGCUGUGUCAGAGCUCUGGGGCUCCUGAGCUGGUGAUGGAACUGGCAGAAAGCUUGUCCUCGUCUCUGGACACGGUGCUGCGGCAGCAGGCUCAUGAGCUGCAGUGUCUCACGCGGGACGCACAGCUGCAUGCUCAGGUAGUACGGCAAGCCAGGGACAGCACAACGGUGGACUCUUCGCUCUCGUUUCUGGAUGGGUUCGUAUCUGAGGCUCUGGCUGCAGGAGCUGCUCCGUAUAAACCUCCUCAUCAGAGACAGGAAGAGCUGUGUCAAGAGAGAACGCUGAGUUUGGAGCCGUAUGGACUGUCUCUGCCUGUGAGCAUGUCGUCCUGUACACUGACCGACAGACAGUCCCCGACCCUCCUGUCCGUGAGCUCUGGAAUGUCUGGUAACAGCACUGAACCGUCCCUUAGGACAGGAGCGGGCACACUCAUGUUGGAGGGUGUGAAGAGAGUGUGGGGGAAGGAGGGAUAUCUGCCUCAGAAACAAUCAGCUUCAGAACCCUCAGCAGUAGAAGACGAGCCGAACAGCUCAAUGCAGUCGUCCAACCGGGAAGUGACUCAAGACACCUCCCAGCCUGAGCCCGAACCCGAGCUCAAGCCACAGCCCCCGGACAUGGACCAGGAGAAGCAGCAGCUGGCAUCGUCUCUGUUUGUUGGCCUGGGCUCUCAAAACUCUCUGUCACUGUUAGAGAAAACCGAAGCUCCGGCUCCCAGAUUCAGAAGAAAACACCGCCAGCACGAGACAGCAUCAUUAUCUUCAAGCACCAGCGAGACCUCCACGAACUCGUCUCAGUCUUCCCGGCUCAGGACGGACACCUUAUACGACGGCUUGCUGGAAGAGCGACCAGUUACUCACAUCCAAAACUCGAACCACACCCCGACGUCCACUACAGUUAAUGGCGUCUGUGGUACGACGCAGUCCAGCCGGAGCGCCGAUGGUUUGUUUGAAAAUGAAGCUGACACUGUUGAUACGCUGAUGAUCAGAACAGACACUCCAGCAGAAGAUGCUUCGGUAGUCCCACAAAAUGGUUGUUCUGACCUUGGUGUUCUACAGUUGCCACCGGAAUUGGAAAACCUGCCUCACUCUGACAUUAUCGGCUUGACCUCUGACCCUGACAUGUCUAUCUCUUGCUGCCGCGUCUACAGAGAAGAUGCUCUGCUGCUCGUGCUGUUCGUCUGCAACACCACAGAUACGCCGCUCCGUGAUGUCACUGUUGAACUGAGCUGUGAGGAGCUGGAGAUGGCAAGUCUAAGAGGAAACGUGAUGGAGUGUCUGGAGGGCAGGGACUCCUCAGUGUGUCGCUACACUCUGCUGAUGGAGAAACCUCACAUUCAGGUGACGUUCAGAGGAUCGGUCCUGUACCAAACACAGACUGGACAUUCACACACACUGCUGUUCUCAGACAAACUGUCCACUCCAGACUUUAUAAGGCCACUGAAACUGAGCACAGAGGACUAUGGGAAAUUGUGGCUCUCCUUCUCUAAUGAUGUGAAGCAGAACCUGAAACUGCUGACAGGUACCAGAGGUGCCAGAGGUCCUCUUGAAACCACUCUCGAUGCUCUUCAGGAAAGCCUCCGACUACACACAGUGCACAUCAUUGGAUCGGAAGGCAUAGUGGCCUGUCGUCUGCUGAAUGGCGCCCCCUGCCUGAUGCACUGCCGCGUACACAGUGCCUCCCUGGCUGUGUGGCUGCGUUCUCCUCUGCCUGCUUUCCCUGACUGUCUCCUCUAUCACUGCCAGAGAGUCCUGCAGGAACCCUGAGCUUCAGCAAGUCUAUGCAUCAACCUUCACCUGAAACGUCUUACAAUCCUUCUGCUAACUAAGAAUGAAUGAAGAAGCCUGGACCUGAUCAGACCUUCGUUUAAGCUGGAAGUCUGAAAGGAAAAGCAAUAUACUUUCUUUAACAAACUGCUUUUUAAUCCUAAUACUAUUUUUUCCCCUAAAUGAACCCAAUUCUUGAGCUGAGGUGAUGUCACACUAAAGAUGUAUAUAAAAAAUAUAUAUACAUAUAUUUAUUAUUUGUUUUAAUAUUUU